UUUCGCAUAUAUAUAAUUCAUUAAAAUAUUGCUGUUAUACAAAGCAAUCUGAGAUGUGGACGGUGGUGCUAUUGAUUUCCCACUGUAUAUUCUUCUCCGCCUCUCUGUUUGACUUCACAGGAUUAACCUUGCAAGAUCCAUGGCGUUUCUUAUAUUUCUCGGGAAGACCUUGUGAAGGACGAGACGGAAGAAUCGGAGUUUGCAUGGAACCUAAGAUCUGUGCCUGGAAAGGAGGAGUGGAAGUAGGCUCCUGUCAACAAGGGCGUCGUAUCUGUUGCUCGGCGUCGCGAUCUUGCGGGCAGACCAUUUCGGUCAACGGUAGUUAUUUUAUUAACCCGGAAUAUCCAGAAAGUUUGUCGUCCGCCAGAGCUUGUUCGGUACGCUUAGCAUCAGUAUCCGAUCUAUGUCAAGUGCGUUUGGAUUUUGAGGAUUUGAUUUUGCGGGGUCCCGACUCUUCUACAGGACGUUGCGAACACGAUGCACUGCGAGUGACUGGAGGAGACCGAAACGAUUUGGUGCCUUCUUUCUGUGGCUCUAACUCUGGUCAUCACGCUUAUAUAGAAGUAUAUAGUUCCUCCGGUCCUCUGACUCUUACAGUAGUUACUUCUGAACAUGCCGGAAUAGACAGAAAAUGGAAGAUCAAGAUAACUACGAUCCGAUGCGAAAGCCCAUGGAAAGCUCCUGCUAAUUGUCUGCAAUAUUACACGGGCAUCACUGGUAACUUCCAGAGUUUCAACUAUGACGCUCAAAAUGCUCCUACCGUUAGCGGAGGAUAUCCUCGUAACCUGAAUUAUGCCAUCUGUUUCCGCAAAGAAUCGGGUCGUUGCACCAUCGAAUAUCGAGUAAAGGAUGGUUCCGUUUUUGCCAUCUUCAAUGUCGAUGCUGGAAAUGAACCUACUGUCAAUGGCGGAGAAGCUGGCGUAGGAGUUAUGGAGUGCCCUACCGACUACUUGCUGCUGGGAGGCAUAAGAUACUGUGGAAGUAGGCUCAAUCCUUCCCUUGAAGAGGAGAAUCCCACUGAAAAUCUUCCGGUAACCGAUAAUACCGGUGGUCCCUUCGUAGUCAAUUUCGUUACCGAUUCUGAGGAGAAUGCACAAGGAUUUAAUUUAGAUUAUGAGCAGAUACUUUGCUCAUCGUCCAGAAACGACACCGAUUAGCGAGUGUAUCGUAUGUAUUUUAUUGAAUAACAAUUUGUUUUUAGUAACACUUCAAUCUGAUGUAAAAUUUUUUCUCUCAUUUAA